AUGGGUUUGCCUUGGUAUCGUGUUCAUACCGUUGUAUUAAAUUAUCCCGACCGUUUACUUUCUGUCCAUAUAAUGCAUACAGCUCUGGUUGCUGGUUGGGCCGGUUCGAUGGCUUUAUAUGAAUUAGCAGUUUUUGAUCCCUCUGACCCUGUUCUUGACCCAAUGUGGAGACAGGGUAUGCUCAUUAUACCCUUCAUGACUCGUUUAGGAAUAACCAAUUCGUGGGGUGGUUGGAAUAUUACAGGAGGCACUAUAACAAAUUCGGGUAUUUGGAGUUACGAAGGUGUGGCCGCGACACAUAUUGUGUUUUCUGGCUUGUGCUUUUUGGCGGCUAUUUGGCAUUGGGUCUAUUGGGAUCUAGAAAUCUUUUGUGAUAAACGUACUGGAAAACCUUCUUUGGAUUUGCCAAAAAUAUUUGGAAUUCAUUUAUUUCUUGCAGGGGUGACGUGUUUUGGUUUUGGCGCCUUUCAUGUAACAUGA